CCAGUGGCAGCUGAAGGAUGGAAACGGCUGGCUGGAUGUUGCUAAUGAUCACAUCCUGGAGGCUCAGUACUCGCUGCCACACACCAAGAGUAUUAAAAUCUACAACACACCAUACGGGGCCGUCAGUAUUGACUUUAAGAGGAUGAGAGUGUAUGGAAAGAGUCUGAGAGUGAGACGUCUGGAUGAUGGAAACACUGAGUGGCUCUGGUACUGCAUGCUGGGCCACAAGUGGAUCAAAUAUGGAGACAAGGAUUCAAAGGGAAACCCCAGCCCUGUGAAGAGUGCCGACAUAGAGGCGAAGUUCCAGAGUAACCCAGCGAGCUCUUAUACUUUCACCAUCGGUGCUGAUACCUUUGAGAUUAGAUUCAGAGGAAUGCAACAGGUGACUUCGAAAAGAAAGAGGAAAGUCACUCGUCGACCGCUGUACAGACAACAGACAGCAGGAGCAGCAGUUUCAGACGUGGCCUCGGAUCUGCAGAAUCUCUCCGUGGGAACGAAACCUCAGUGGCAGUUUCAGGGGGACAGCGGAGCGUGGCACGUGUUCAAACAAAGGCAGAGCGGCACUCAAACUGAAUGCUCAGUAACCAGCGAUGACAUUGAGAGGAAGUACAAGCAAAACCCCAACGACAGCAUGACUUUCAAAGUGAAGGGACACUCCUACAAGCUGGACUUUGGAGCGAUGAUCCAAACUAACCUCAAAACCAAGCGCACACGCAAGAUCAGACGUGUGCUGGUGUGAGAAUCAAAGGUGGUUUUCAAGACCACAAGAAGAAAACAACAAGCUACCGUGCAAUAAUAUAUUUAUACAAUCAUUCGUCAUCAUCUGACAUAUAUACAUGGCCUCAUAAUGGGAUCUUUAACAUUGUGUUACAUUAGAAAUGAAUUCAGGGUAAGAUUUAAUUAUAUUUAGGGUGGUUGUGACUUUUUUUGGCUGCCAGAGGGGAUUGUUUACCAACACACAUCUAAAUACAGCCUAAUGAACUUGCACUCAGAUUGUAUACUGUACCAAUGUGCCUUUUAAAAAAAAUAUAUAUAUAUUCACAAAUGGUUUCCCAAUCUGAAGUCAAAAAUAACCGACACUCCUGGGAUUAUCAGAAAAAAAAGUAUUUUAUGUUGCAUUCAUGCUGCCAUUUAUCUUACAUACACACUGCCUCUUCUGAUAUAGACAAACCUAGAGCCAAAUCUGAUGCAAAUGUAUGCAAAUACUGCCUCUGCAGAUUACCUUUUAGGUGUUUUACAUGACAAAGGUGGUUACAUUAUGCAAUAAAAAUCAUUUUGGUGUCUUUUGUUUGUUUUUUGUUUAAGGAUGUUAUUAAUAGUUCUCAUAAAUGCAGGUAAUAUUGAAUUGUCUGUAAUGGUAAUUUGGGAAUUAUUGCAAUGAUAAAGUGCAUCCAGUGUCAUUGGUUUUUUUGUUUCAGUGUUUCUUUUUGUUUGUCUCGGUGUCUGUUUUUGAGGCAAUAAAACAUAUCAGUACCUGAAA